AUGGAUCCUGUCAUGUUCUACGGAAAGUCUAAGAAAAACAUUAUCAUCAGAGAAUUACCCGAGGAUUCUGAGGACAGUGAGCUAUCUUGUGAGGAAGAUGAAGUUGAAGAGGAUCACAACUUGUCAAGUUCUGAUAGUUCAAACUCUGAUGAUGAUGGUGAUGCCGAAGAGGAUGCUCCAGCCAGUAGCCAACCAUUAGCCAACAGCUCCAGGCCUCAUAUUUGGCGAGAAAGAACUGAUCAUGCUGAUCGGUCCUCAGAUAUACCAAAUUUCAUUGGGACAGAGAGAAAACCUGGGCUCUUGCGUGAGCCAAUUGAAUACUUCAGGGAAAUAUUUACUAAAAGAACCUUUGAGAACAUCGUCACAGAAUCUAACCGGUACAGCUUACAGCAGGACAUUAAUAAACCUGCCAAUAUUACAAUGGACGAGCUAGAACAGUUUCUAGGGAUUAACUUUUAUAUGAGUGUAGAUUGCCUACCACGCUCCAGAUUGUACUGGAGCCCUGAUACAAGAGUUCAUCGUGUGGCUGACACUAUGAGCCAAAAACGAUUUGAAGAAAUUAAAAGGUUUUUGCAUUUUUCAAAUAAUGAAAACAACAAUGGAGAUAAACUCCAUAAAGUAAAACCACUUUUAGAUGUUUUCAAGGCCAGCGUCAACAGCAUUCAAAAAUCCAAAAUGAUGAGCGUUGAUGAACAAAUAAUACCUUUUAAAGAAAAAUCAUCACAUAAACAAUAUAAUCCUAAAACGCCUAAGAAGUGGGGAUACAAAGUUUUUGUGUGCUCGGGUAGCGCUGGCCUCAUUCACAAUUUUGAGUUCUAUGAUGGCCAAAUCCAACCUUGUCCUGGAAAACCUGAUCUGGGUGCAUCAGGCAAUAUAAAUCUUAGACUUAUGCAAGAUGUUCCUAGACAUUGA